AUGUAUCUUCAGGUACCUCUGGAGGACCGGAUUAUCUUCUCCGGCAAUCUCUUCCAGUACAUAGAGGAAAACAAGAAGUGGAGGAACCGUUUCAGCGUUGUACCCCUCAAUUAUGGGGUGGUGCUCUACGAGAACAAACUGGCCUAUGAAAGGGGUUUACAACCCCGAAUCCUCGUCAACAGUGCUGGCUACAAGGUCCUCACCUCCCUGGAUCAAUAUUUGGAAUUGCUCAGCAGUAACUUAACAGGUCCUGCAUCCAAGUCAAGCAACGCUGCCAUCAUCAAGUGUCCCACUCAGUUCCCCAUCAUCCUUUGGCAUCCUUACGCCCGCCAUUAUUACUUUUGUGUGAUGACCGGCAAGGAGCAGGAGAAGUGGCAGGCCAUUUUUCAAGAUUGUGUGCGCCACUGCAACAACGGAAUCCCAGAAGAGUCCAAAGUGGAGGCGCCGGCAUUCACCGACGCCGUGCGGAUGUAUCGCCAGUCGAAGGAGCAAUACGGCACCUGGGACAUGCUUUGCGGCAACGAAGCUCAGGUCUUGAGCAAUCUGGUGAUGGAGGAGCUUCUGCCUGAGCUGAAGAAUACGAUUGGCCCCCGGCUGAAGGGCAAAGAGCAAGAGAGACAAAGGGCCUGGAUUCAGAUCUCUGAUGCGGUGUACAGAAUCGUCUGUGACCAGGCAACAGCCCAUUAUGACUCCUCAGUGGCCAAAUGUGAGCUUCAGAUUCCUGAAAUGAAGAGCAUCAUCCGGACAGAUAUGGAUCAGAUCAUCCAAUCCAAGGAACAUCUGGCCAACAAAAUCCGAGCCGUCGUCUUCUCCAAAGCUGAGGUCUGUGUCCGGAAUCAUGUCCAACCAUACAUCAGUUCCAUCUUGGAAGCCCUGAUGAUCCCCACCAGCCAGGGCUUUGCUGAAGUUCGGGAAGUCUUUUUCAAGGAAGCCACUGACAUGAACAUGAAUAUUGUCAAUGAAGGAGGGACAGAGAAGCUGGGAGAGCAAAUGGAUGACACCGUCUACACUUUUGAGACUCUUCUACAUCAGGAGCUGGGGAAGUCGUUGAGCAAAGAUGAACUCUGUAAGACCAUUCAGCGCAUCCUGGAACGGGUGCUCAAGAAAUACGAUUACGACAGCAGCACGGUGAGGAAGAAAUUUUUCAGGGAGGCCCUGUUGCAAGUCACUGUCCCUUUCCUGCUGAAGAAGCUGGCUCCUACUUGCAAAGGGGACCUCUCAAGAUUCCAGGAGCUGAUUUUUGAGGACUUUGCCCGCUUCAUUCUGGUGGAAAACACAUAUGAAGAGGUGGUCCUGCAGUCUGUGAUGAAAGACAUCAUGAUGGCUGUGAAAGAGGCGGCCGUCCAGAGGAAGCACAACCUGUACCGCGACAGCAUUGUGAUGCAUAACAGCGACCCCAACAUACAUUUGCUUGAUGAGGGGACGCCCAUCAACUGGGGAGAGGAGUAUGGUGGCGAAUCAGAUGUAGACCCGUUGGACGAGAAGCAACACCGGGCCAAGCAGGUUGUCUCCAUGAUCCACGUGGAUGAAAGCACUCUGCCCUGUGAAGUUGGCUCUUUGGAAAGAUCUCCAGAUGGCUCAGAACCAGAGAAGUCCGACCGCUGUCCUAGUCCUCAGACACAGGAUUCCUCUGAGCCUGUGAAGGAGCUCCGUACGUUGCUGGUGAAGGAGGUGGAGAUCCCAAUUCCGGAUGACAAUAAGGCUGAGGAACAGUUACACAACGGUACUAUUACGCAAGAGAGCAGAGGAACCCCGGAGCCCAAGAAGGAGGAGAAGGAGACCUCUCAAGCAGAAGAUGCCUGUCCCACAGAAUCCUCCACAGAGCUCCAUAGAGAGAAACAGGAAGCCCCAGCCCCUUCUCCAGUUGCCCCCACACAACCCCCAGCUCCAGAUGGAGGAGUCCAAGCAGAAUGCCCGGAACCCGCCAAUAAAGAGACAGGCGAGGAACAGGUCUCUGCUCAAGCCAGCAAGGUAGAAGCAGACGUCCCAGUGGAGAACAGCCACAAGGUCACAGAUGAAAGCGAAGGGGUGCAGACUCAGUUCUAGAUCAGCCUCCCCCUUGGAAGAGGAUUCCUCAUGGCCAGAUAAACACUGACGAACUGGGGACCCUGUGGGAUGAGAAGGACAAAAGCAAGUUGAUCCAAGGCCGGUGUAGGACCAUCUUCAGCUGUAGAUGCACAUUGAUUCUUCUGGAGAAGUUCUGCCAUUGGAGGAGGGGGUGGGAAGGAAAUGCCAGGGAGGAACCCCAGAAUGCACAAUCUACAUCUCUUGGGUCCAAGGUGAUUUUUUUCUAGCCUUUUCUAGUGUUUCCCACAAACAUGCACACACACUAGUUCUCCUGACUCAAAGUUGUGUGGUUGGAUUGGGUGUUAUGGAGAAGGGACUUCACCUUAGAUGCUAACAAAUGCCUGGAGGGUUGGAACAGAGAGAAGCCAUUGUGUGUUCCCCAUCUUGAUCCAGACUGGUACUAAUUUGACUUUUUGACCCGUAACUUGGUUUUGACGUUUCAUCCCUUUGCCUUCUUCUAACCAUGGAUGGUAGAAGGCUCUUUCUCGUGUUUGGGGCGGGGUGGUGGUCAUUUCUUCUCCUCACCAGUGUUCACGAUUAGGAACGGUUCUCUCUUAACUCCUUCUUUUCCUGGGCCCUCCUAUUCCAGAUGAUUUUAGCAAACCAUCCUAGAACUGAUGUGGGAGGUGGUCAAAUUGCGUUCUUCCCCUCCCUGCACCCAUCUCGGUCCAAAGUUAUGCAGAGAUGGAAAGCCCUAGUUCUAGGAGAAAGUAAGUAGACUUUUAGAAACACGUGGAUGUGGGUUAGAGAAAGUGGUGUGUGCUGUUGAAGGCUUGCUGGUGUUGGAACAGACCAGCAAAAGUUGACAGAUAAGACGAGACUAAUACAGGAAUUUAAAUUA